AUGGGAUGGUGAGCGCUGAUAGAGGAAACUUGGUGUUGUUGAUGGAAGAAGGUCAGAUCGGCCUCAAGCCGCGAGCCGAUUAGGCAGGUAUAGGCGUCUUUGGCGCACAGGCCAAGCGGGCGGCUGAGGUAAGCGCCUUAGCCCUGCCCCGUGCCGCCGCCCGCAAGAGGUCCACGUGACCGGCCUCAACAUUGACGUGGUUUGGCAUCUUGAGAGAUUUCAACAAACAGCCAUAACACAGCUUCAAGCUUGCGGGCCAAUGCGUUUGCUGGUGGUUUCCAUUGCUGGCGCGACAGAAAAAAAAAUUCGACUGGAACGAAGCCCAAGCUUUUUACACUGAACAUUGAGAUCUUUGAUUUGCUCCUUGCUCGUUCUUCAGUGAAUAACAUAGGCUCCAUCAAUUUCUUAUAGUUAUACGGAGUAGUUGUGCUGCAAUAUCUACAUUUGAAAUUAUUUCCUUGCCAGUAUGGCGUCAAAUAAUACGAAUAACCAGAUAACAGCUGAUGAAAUUGCUCUCUAUGACCGCCAAAUUCGGCUCUGGGGCGUCAAGGCACAGGAAAAGCUCCGAACUUCGAAAAUCCUUCUGGUAACCAUCAAGUCACUUGGGGCGGAAAUCGCCAAAAACCUUGUACUGGCCGGUAUUGGAUCUCUCACGAUCGUGGAUAACGCUAUCGUCAAAGAGGAAGAUAUAGGGGUUCAGUUCUUUCUAUCAGAUGAACAUAUCAACCAAAAUCGAGCAGAAGCGGCUGCCCCUCAAAUUAUACAGAUGAACCCAAGGGUAGAUGUGGUUGUUGAAACAAUCGAUAUCAGAUCAAAACCACCGGCAUUCUUUGCGUCGUACGAUGUGACCAUUGCAGCAGAUCUCGACUACGGCACUAUCUGCUUCAUAAACAAUGCCUGUCGGGUCGCCAACUGUCGUUUCUAUGCGGCAGGAGUCCACGGCUUUUACGGCUACAUCUUCUCAGAUCUCAUCAGCCAUGACUUCGUGAUCGAACGAGAAAAAUCAAAUGUCGCCGCCGCAGCUAUCGAGACACCGACGAGGACCGUCCUAGAUGUUAAAACCAAGAAAGAAAACGACAAGAUGAUUGAAAUGAUAACAAAGCGCGAAGUCUACUGCCCACUCAUGCUUUCAAACACCUCUCCUCUACCUCAAGAAUUUACCAAAGUCCGCCGCAAGCGCUUGCAGGUAACACCACUUCUCACCUGCCUACGAGCGCUCUGGGAAUUUCAACGAGAAAACAACGGGAGAUUGCCAGCAAAGGAUGAUUUGGAGACAUUUAUUCGCCUCACCAAUGAUCGCCAUUUAGAACUACGCCUGGACAUAUCCACACUCACAGCGGAAUUCAUACGAAGCUUCCUUGACAAUCUAGGAAGUGAAUUGAGUCCUGUGUCCGCAUUCUUGGGUGGCUCGCUUGCUCAAGACGUCAUCAAUGUGUUAGGUGCGAGGGAACAACCAUUGCAAAAUCUGCUAUUGUUUGAUGGCGAACGGAGCGUUGCUCCCAUUUACUCCCUUCAUCCGAUUUUCCCCGAGGAUUGAAUCAGCAGCGUCACCCUAUGAACGCACCAGCCCCCCGCCGUUUUGACAACAGCUGAAAAGAAUAGGCCUAUUGAUGGGGCCAAAUUCUAUCCCGCAUUUCGUUUGGUUGGGCUAAAGUCAGGUUGCUCCCUUACACUUUUAGCAAUCUUGCGAAAGUCCAUCCAUUGGUUUUUUUUUUUUUUUUU